UGUGGGAGGCGCAUGAAAUCAGGUGACCAAAUAGCUUCGUUCUCCCUUUUGCCAGCGUUUUGCGUGUUGUUUAUCGUUUUUGGAAGCGGUGUUGGUGAAACUUAAAAUAAUUUCACAAUGGCUAUGCAGGCAGCGAAAAGAGCAAAUAUCCGAUUACCUCCAGAAGUAAACAGAAUAUUAUAUAUUCGAAACCUUCCAUACAAAAUCACAGCAGAAGAGAUGUAUGAUAUAUUUGGAAAAUAUGGGCCAAUUAGACAGAUCAGAGUUGGAAAUACACCAGAAACCAGAGGAACAGCAUAUGUGGUUUAUGAAGACAUCUUUGAUGCAAAAAAUGCCUGUGAUCAUUUAUCUGGAUUUAAUGUCUGCAACCGUUAUCUUGUUGUCUUGUAUUACAAUGCUAACAGGGCAUUCCAGAAGAUGGAUACAAAGAAGAAGGAAGAGCAACUUAAAUUGCUUAAGGAAAAAUAUGGAAUCAACACAGAUCCACCUAAAUAAAUUCAUGCUUUGCCAUCUUGUGUACUCCCCAA